UGAUGGACUUCUCCUGGUCACUUCAUGCCAUGGAAACAGGAGAUAACCACCAUCCUGAUGGUCCACUCUAUGCUUGAAUGCAGGUUUUACUUUACUGACAAUCAAGUCAACUAGCUCUAUUGAUGAUUCCCUAGACCUUACCCUUUACAUUUCUAAAUCACAAAAUACAACACAAGGUCAAGCAGCUUUGAGAUGGAGGACUGAAUUUAGUGAAAAUCAAUGAAAUCAAAUGUUAAAAUAUGUCCCAAUGGUUGCACAACAAAACUGUAAAUAAAUUGUACAAAAACUGCUUAAUGUGAAAGAGACAGAAUAAACUAUUACCAGUACUUCAGAAAACUAUAUCUAAGGAAUAGACACUUUGCAAGAGAAAUAACACUGACAACAACUGCUACUUAAGAAAAAUAAGGCCCUACCUAAAAUGAAGACCCUCUUUGAAUGAAUGUUUAGGCUCCUUUAAUUUCUUUCUCAAGCUAUUUAAAAGUAAACAAUUCGGCCAUUACAGUAUAUUGUAGCUCACAUGUAUUAUCUAUUUGUUAUAUAUUUUUUGAAAGCUUAGCAGCAAACAAUCAGUACAAAUGUCAAGCACAAAGUGGUAUAAGGGCGUAUUUCUCAUUGUUGUUCCCUUUUGUCCAUGUAGCUUCCUCCAGACUGUGACUGAACUUCAUCAUGAAGUUGAACUUGGUGUUGUAAUCGGUAAAACAGGUGUGGCUAUUUCUGAAACAAAUGCAGUGGAUCAUGUUGGGGGAUAUGCCCUGGCUCUUGACAUGACUGCUAGAGAUAUUCAAGGUAAAGCCAAGAAGCUUGGCCACCCUUGGACUUUUGCUAAAGGUUUUGAUACCGCACUACCUAUCAGCAAAUUUAUCCCCAAGGGUGAGAUUCCAGAACCUCAUAAUGUUCGUCUUUGGCUGAAGGUUGAUGGUGAAUUGAAACAAGAUGGAAACACUCAGGAUCUGAUCUUUAAGAUUCCUUAUCUUUUAAGUUACAUUAGUCAGAGCACAACACUUGAAGAAGGGGAUUUAAUUUUGACUGGUACUCCAGAAGGAGUCUCAGCAGUGAAGCCAGGGCAAACUAUAGUUUGUGGUAUUGGUAAUAUAAUUGAAAUGUCACUUCCUGUUUCAUUUUAGAAAGGCAGGACUAAGCCAUCUCAGUGUGUUCCAGUGCAACAUUUAUUCCAAAAACAUAAAAAUACCAGUUUACAAUGUCAAUGUUAUAUAAGUAGCACUUGUAACUAAAUCAUUUAAAUUUAUAGAUAAACCUUAUCUUUUUCAUACAUUUUGAGUACCGAGUUGUCCAAUAUUGGAGGAAGCAUGGAAACAGGAAAUAAACAAAUUGAAUUUGUUUUUUUGUUUCACAAUACAUCAACAAAAUAUCUGUUAACACCUGAAGAGCAUGCUAAUCAGGUAAACUAACUUAUUUCUCAAAUUAUGCGAAAUGAAACAGCAGGAGAAAAUUUAACUUGCAAAGUAUGUGAGUUUGCUUUGGGAUCUAAUGUAAUCUACUUAGUACUGAUUUAUACUUGAUAUGGCAGUUUUCAAUUAAGCAUCGUAAAACCAAAACCAAUCACAAAGGAUAUGGACAAUCCAAUGAACCAAUCAAAACUCAAAAGAGAUGUAGCUGGCAUUAAAUGUAGGAAAAACGUGUGAAUAAGACACAAUUGGUUUUGGUGUUACUUCUGA